GGACCUUAACAACCUCAAUUUUGCAGAUUUGCUUGUGAAACAAUAAAGAGAAAUCUUUCAGCUAGUGCAGAAAGCUGUUAUCUGCACAAGAGACAACUCAGAUCCUGAUAACAUCAGAAUUAGAAACCACUUCGUUUCAUAUAAGUGAAGCAUAGGCAAAAGCAUCAAGAUCAUCUUGAGCAGAAGGCAAGAAAUGGAUUUUGACUCGAGUUGCAAGAACAAAAAAACUGCAAAUGAAUCCAUGCUGAUAUGCUGCAUGCUCUUCAUCUCUGAAGCACGUAACCGUGCAGCUCUGGACUUAAUUGAACGAUCUGCUAGGAUCGACCCAGAAAGUGUCAUUGUAAACAAAUUUGAGGACCGAGUUUAUAAUAGGAUCAGGUUCACUAUUGUAUCAUAUGUUGUUGUUGAUAGCACUGGUAGUCCCAUUUAUAGUCCAUUGCACCAAACAGUGCUAGCCAUUGUUGAGGCUGCUUAUGGAGCCAUUAACCUAGAGUUGCACUCUGGCGCACACCCUCGACUUGGCGUUGUAGAUGAUAUUGCUUUCCACCCUUUGGCUGAAGCAUCACUGGAUGAAGCAGCCUGGCUUGCUAAGGCUGUGGCAGCAGAUAUUGGCAGCAGAUUUCAAGUGCCGGUAUUUCUUUAUGCUGCAGCACACCCAACAGGCAGGGCCCCGGACACAAUCAGGCGUGAGCUAGGCUACUACAGGCCAAAUUUCAUGGGCAGCCAAUGGGCAGGGUGGAACAUACCCGAAAUUCUCCCAGAAAAUCCUGACCAUGGUCCAAACCAUGUGUCUCGGACCAGAGGAGUCACGCUGAUAGGGGCACGGUCAUGGGUCACAUUAUACAACAUUCCCAUCAUGUGCACCGAUGUUUCAACUGCUCGACGGAUAGCACGCAUGGUAAGUGCUCGCGGUGGUGGGCUCCCAACAGUACAAUCUUUGGCCCUAUUUCAUGGCGAUGAUUCAGCUGAGAUUGCUUGCAUGCUCUUGGAGCCUAAUCGGAUUGGCCCAGACAGGGUGCAAGCACAGGUUGAGAUGUUGGCAGCUCAAGAAGGGUUGGAUGUAGAGAAGGGCUAUUUCACUGAUCUUUCACCAGAAAUGAUUGUGCAAAAGUACAUGAAUUUAAUCUCUGCUAGGAGAGACUGAUCAAACACUCGUUUGGACAUUAAACUGAUUAUCAAAUUUCUGCUGACCAUAAUGGUCAAAGAACAUAACCAAAUAACAUAAACUGAUCAACUGUUUAAAUCUUAAGCUUACUCAAUUGGUAGCUACUUUAUGAUAGCUUUUGGUUACCGUCACCACCACCAGAUAGAUGAGACGAAGAUAAUGGAGACAUAUCUUUCUAUUCUUUCUAUUUUGAGAAGAUAGAAAUCUAUUCCAAACUAGUUUCAGGACA